AAAUAUAUUACCAUUUACUAAGUGACAACUUGUAACUAGGCAGGAACUCGUCUGUAUUGUUAUGCAGCGGACGCCUGCAGUACUGCAGUGUGCACAGUUGUACACAUAAAACGUACAAAAUACACUUGAUGGACCAGAACAUUUUUACUUAAUUAACAUACCGUUUUAUUUAUUUAUGCAAAUCUAUGUUUUAGAUAAUAUGCUUGUUGCAUUCGUCAGCACGUCAGACGUGUAAAUUAUUUUCUCAUUUAAAAUGGGUCAGGUUCACUUGGAUACAAAUAAAAUACACCGCAGAUACAUCAUAUUAUGAAUUUCGAAGAUGGUCCAUACCACGGUCCACUAAUAGUUUUUAUUUAAUCAUUCAACUUACUCUAUAAAUCGAUCAAAAAAAAUUUCAAAAUGACAGACUACUCAAGAUUUGAAGACGAUAUUAUUGUGAACUCAUAUCAUGCCCAAUCGCCUAACCGCAAUGGAGACGUACCAUUAAGUAUUAAUGAUUCAGCAAUACCUAAUGAAGAUGGUGAAAAUAUAGAUUUAAGAAAUCACUUUGACGGUCGCCUGGAUGUGAUAUUUAGUGAUGGUGAUCGUAGAAUAGAUGUAAAUCAAUUUUGGGAGAUGAACUACCAUGAAGCAUCUAUAUUUCUAGAAGAAGGAGAAAAUAAUGAAAAAUUUGAUUCUCAUCCACAUGAACCUGAAGCGCUUCCAGCUUACUUAUUGGUACACAAUGACUGGUACUAUGGAAUGGAUUUGGCUACAUCUCUAGUUUUAAUUGUUCUAGCAUUUGCAGAGGAUCCAGCUACACCGCCAUUUGAAAUGCCAGUUGCUCUACACAGUAUUAUUGAACUAUUUGCCCUAGCAGUGAUUGGUCUUGGUUUAGCAUUAAAACUUAGAUGGAUGGGUUGGUUAACAAUUUUGAAACAUAAACGAACCAUGUUAAAAUGCAUAACAUUGACAAUAAUGAUUGUUGAGGCAUUUGUAGUGUUGAUACGUCAAACCUCUCAUUUUCGAGUAUCAAGAGCAUUACGACCAAUUUUUUUGGUUGAUACUCAUUACCUGGGUGGUGUUCGGCGUUUUAUUCGACAAAUACUCCAAUCAUUACCUCCAAUAUUUGAUAUGUUGUUGUUGAUAUUUUUUUUUGUUACUGUAUACUCCGUGCUUGGCUAUUAUUUAUUCAAAAGUACUACAGAUGUACACAACCAUUUUGACACUUUGUUUAAUAGCUUUGUCAACAUGUUUGUUUUGUUAACUACAGCCAAUUUUCCAGAUAUCAUGAUGCCAGCUUAUUCAAAAUCCAAGUGGUACUCUCUCUUCUUUAUUUCGUACUUAUGCAUUGUGUUAUAUCUCCUAAUGAAUUUGAUGUUGGCCGUGGUUUAUGAAACUUUCACUAGUAUUGAAAGAGAUAAGUUCCGAAAAUUACUUUUGCACAAACGUCAAGCAUGUAAAAAUGCAUUUAAACUACUUUUGACUAAAGAAAAUCCUAACCAAAUGGAAUUUCCUCAGUUUGAAGGAGUAAUGAGAUAUUAUGCCCCCAAAAAAGGAAACCGAGAUUUAUUAGUGAUGUUUAGAUAUUUGAACACAAGUGGAACAGGUUCAUUGACCAUUGAAGAAUUUUAUGGGAUAUACGACUCUGUAAUGAUGACUUGGCAACCACAAGCCAUAGAUACACCUUGGUAUUUCACUGCAUCCCCUGCAGUACAAAGAAUUUGUCAAACUGCAAACUCAAUCAUUUCGUGGCCAUACUUUGAUCAUAUAUUUUAUGUUUUAACUACUUUGAAUGGUAUUGCAAUGAUUGAACGAGGAAUGCAAUCUUAUCCAAGCUUACAAACCUCAGUACUUGCAUUUAGUGCAGGAUGGGACACUUGCUUCUUCUUAGCAUGUUUCACUCUAGAAGUAGCGUUGAAGACACUUGGCAUGGGAUUAGAACGUUAUUUUUCAUCCGGCUGGAAUUUAUAUGACUUUGUUGUGACCUUGGGAGGUUUGAUUGCUGUCAUAUCACUACGCCUAUUUCCAGAUUUUGUCUAUGUAGUCGUUUUUAGACCGCUUAAGUUGUUGCGACUCUUCAAAUUGAAGAAACGCUAUCGAGACAUUAUUGGUACUAUGGCAAUUUUAUCACCUCUAAUAAAAUCUGCUGGAUGUGUUAUGCUCGUCAUGUAUUAUUUUUUUGCCAUAAUUGGAAUGGAACUGUUUGCUGGUUAUGAUAUGAGAAAUUGUUGCAAUGGCACAAACAUUGAAACUUAUUAUAAAUACACACCUGACAAAUCUGGAUAUUAUUAUUUAAACACGUUUCCCAAUUUGGCUGUCAGUCUUGUAACAUUAUUCGAAUUGACGGUUGUCAAUAACUGGUUUGUUGUGAUGAAUGGAUAUGCGACAAAAGUUCAUGCUGCUAGUCGAGCAUACUUUGUAUUAUUCUAUCUCUUCACUAUGGUUGUGUUAACUAUAGUGGUUGCAUCAGUUCUUGAAGCUUUCAGGUUCCGAAUUCAAUAUAAAAAGCAAACUACAAAACGAGAUGAGGAAAAAUUACUCCACGAGGAAAUUGAAUUAAAGUGGGAAGAUGUUAUGAAUUAUGUAAAAGAUUUCCAAGCAUUGCAAAAAUACCGAUCAGAUAUGUUUGUUGGAGUUGGUAAAAUAUCAUUUCUGGGAAGUCGACCAAGAAAUCGUCAAGUAUUACAGCGACGAAUGUAUAGACAUGAAAUUGAACAAUGGAUGCAAGAAGCUGCUGCUAUUGAUAAACGUCUUUAAACAUAAGUUUCUAAACACUGAAGAAAACGAAUUAAACUGAUGGGGUCAAUUUAAAGGUAGCUUACUUAUUCACAUUUGUCAUACAAGGAAAUAACAACUAACAAUUUUACUGCAAUAAUUUAUUAUUUACCUAUGCUAAUGAUUUUUCAUUUAAAACAUGUAGGUAUAACACCUGAAAUUAAAAUAUUUUUUUUUAAGUUCUAUGAAAAUUAGCUUUUUAAAAUCACACUUUGUUUGUAUGUCCAUUUAAUAUCAUACAUGUCUUAUGAUACUUAUCUUACGAGUUCUCAAAGUACUUAUGGAAAUUUUUGAAGAUAUCAAUGUCAUUUUAGUGCUGUUAAUGAGUUACCGACAAAAGUAUUACACUAUACAGUAUUGAUAAAAUUAGCCUGUGAUUAUAGUAUUAUUCCGAACAAAAAUGAACAAGUAUUCUGUUACUAUUAUUUUAGUUUUUUAUUUAUUAUUAUUGUUUUCUUUUUACUAAUAUUAUUUAUUUCUGUUAUGAAUCAAACGUUUUGCCUGUGAUUUACAUUUUAUUACAUUAAAUAUUGAGUAUACCUUGUUUAGUUCAAUACAAAGUUGAAUUUUAUUGACAAAAUAAUAAACAUUAUACCUAACUGUGAAUAAUAAUAUUUAUCUGAUAACUUAAAAAAACUUUAGACCGUAAAUUUAAAACACCUAUGCUGGCUUGUAUGAAAAAUUAAUUAAUUUAAUGUACCAAUCAUGGGCCACUGAAUCAUGUUUAAGGGACCAUUAGCUCAUUAUUGAUUCAGUAAAUGUUAAGUGGUAGUUCAUGCAUCCCGGCACUAAACUCAAGAGUUAGAGAACUAAUAUGUAAAUUCUGAGUAGAUCUAUACUUUAUAAUUCAUUGGCUAUGUGUAAUUUACCCAUUCUUUUUUCUUUGGGAUUAUGGGUUUAAUAUUUAUUCAUAACUCUAAGUUUUAAAGAAAAACUAUUAAUUACUCAUCUGCCUAUGUAUGACAGUAAAAACGAUGUUAAUAAUUGAAUAUUUGUUUAAAAAAAAACAUAUAAUUGUUAUAAACCGGUGAUAUAAAACAUGUUAUUAAAUAUUUAAUACUUUAUGUUUAUACACUAUUAUUAUCACUCUUGGAAUGUAUAAUGACUAAUGCCCUCCACAGUAAAUACAGAGUAUGUAACCAUUUUAAUGUUUUUUUUUCAAAUGUAUAACUUUAUAUCUAGUUAAUAUUUUUGAAAAAUUAUUCAUGGAUUAGAAAGCCACGAUUAUGAUAUAUCAUAUUGAUUCUUAGUUUACAUAAAGUGAACAAAAAAAAUGUGUUUUUUAAAAAUCGAAGAUAAUAAUGUAGAUAAGUAUUUUAAAAGUUAAAUUACUUAUUUCCAUCAAGUAUUAAAAUAGUUAGGUAUCUAAGUCUUAAAGUAGGUGGGCAAGUUUAAUUUAGAAUGGCAAACAUAUAGAGCACCGUGUAAAUAAUUUUUUAACCAAACAUUAUUGCAUAUUUAUGUUAGUUCAACUAGUGACACAUAAUACUUAAUAACAACAUAAAUUAGUAUAUAUCUGAAUAGUAUAGUUAAUCACGUUUUUAUUUCGUUGAAUUUUAUCUGUAUCAUUUAUUAUAUAAGUUUAACCUCUCACUUAUCAAAUGAUAUUGUCUUAGGCAGUUAUCAUUAUGUUUGUGUACUUUCGCAAAAUGUAAAAAUAAUUGUUGCUAUUUAAGUGAGGCCAUAAUCAUUGACACUUUCUUAAGUUUUUAAAUCACAUAACUAAAAUACAGUUAUAAGCAUAUAAUAUUAUUAUAAUAUAUUUAUAUAUAAAUUAUACCUAUGGGCUAUGUUUAAUUAUAAUGUAAACCAACAAAAUAGAUUUAACCAUUAAGUAUUUGAUCUUUUGGCAAUUAUGGUAGCUGUGAUCAUGUAGUAUUAUUAACUAUUAUUAAUAUAUUUAUAUAUGGCAGUGCAAACUAAGAUUUUUAAGUCUUCCUUGCAAUUUUUCGAAUAGAAUGAUUAUACAAGUUCCUAAAGAUUGAAAAAAAUGAAUAUAUCAAUUAGUAUUGACUUGAGUAUUUUUUAAAAACCACUGAAACUUUUAAUGCAAAAUCUUAUGAAUUUUAAUUUGAUGAAUGUAUUUGAAUAAUAUCUGUAUAGUAGUUCUCCACUAUUAUUUAUAAAAAAUUAAAAAUUCAUAACCAUCGGACAUAGUUGUCACUAUAUUAGUAGUUCUAAGUAUAAGUUAUAUAUGUACCUAAUAUUAAUAUUUAAUUUUAAUGUAUUUUAUAAAAGCAUGUAUAAUAUUUCAAUUUUAAGAGUACCUGAAAAGAUAAAACUUAAAUAAACACAUUUUAAAUGUUAUAUCUAAUUAGUUUAUCUAAAUAAGUUUAUUUUGUUCAUUUUUUUUUUAUAGUAUUAUAUUUUGCAAUAGCAAGUAGUAAUGACUAAUGACUAGUUUUAAAAUUUUACUGUAUGUAGAAGUACCUAAUAUUGUGGUUGUUGACUCACUUUAUUUUAUUUUGUUUGUUACAUUUUGUGAUUAAUAAAUUAUAUACAUAACAUAUUAAA